GGCUCAUUCAACUUUCAAUUAUUCACUCAUGCUGGCUUCUCAAACAUGAUCACGUAUCUUUAUUGCCUUCAUCUUUUUCAACUGAUACAACUAUUAAUAAGACUUUGUAUAUGCUUGAAGAAAAAUACGAAAACCUAAAUGAUACUUCCACCAAGCGAGAUCUUCUUCUUAGUGAACAACAAGAUAAAGCAGCUAAAAAAAAAGAAAGAAACACAUCAAAAUUUAUAAAGAAUAUUCAAAAACCACAGCAGCUUUUAUAUCAUGAUCAAAUUCCUACUUACAUGUAUGAAUAUAUAAAGAAGGUAACUAAUAUAAAUGGAGAUGGCAAUUGUGAAUACAGGGAACUGGUGGCUUUGUUUUUAGCCAAUAAUGAUUAUGAGAUAAUUCUAAAAGAGAUCUCUUGGAUCGAUGGCCCUUGCACAUUCGAACACUGGAUGAGGAUGCCACAAGUGAGAGAUGUUAUAAUGAAUGCCUAUCAAAGACCAUUGUACUUUUUCUCAUUACAAAUUAGCCUUAACUUUCUUUUGCAUCACCAUCUAUUGAAUCAAAAUGAAGCACUUGCAAUAGCUAUCGUUAAUAAUAAUCAUUAUGUGGCUAUUACAUUGAAGCCUGCUGCUUCUGUACCCUCAAUUGUGAACCGAUGGAUACAGUUUGCUACCCCAGCUGCAACUAGAUGGAAACUACUAAUUCAAAGUCAUAUAGAUUGCUUUCUCUCAAUAAGUAGCUCAGUUAAUGAAGCAGAUCUAAAAAAUAACAUAAAUUAA